CGGUACAGCAAAAUCUGUAGUACAACGAAGGGGUUUUCUUUACAGGCAGUGACUGCGGGUUUUGGGGCCGGCGGGUUAUGUGUGUUUUGGAGCGGUGGUUCUCGGCGUUUUGUUAGUACUUGAUAGUACGGACUAGUGGUGAGGCGUCGACGUGGCAGUAUUCGGCUACCACUGAAGCACUCAGUAGAUCCGAAAUGACGAACGUCCUCAGUUGCGCGUUUUUCGUACUGUAUAGCUUCGUACUUAUCACGGAAAUAAGUUGCGGGAGAGACUUUUACAAAAUUCUUGGAGUCUCCAAAAACGCAGAUACGAAGCAAAUCAAGAAGGCCUACAGAACAAAAGCAAAGAAUUUACAUCCUGACAAAAACAAAGAUGACCCAAAUGCCGAUGAAAAAUUUAAGGAUUUAGGGGCUGCCUACGAGGUUCUUUCAGAUGAAGAGAAACGGAAAAAGUACGACCGUUGUGGAGAAGAGUGUGUUAAAGAAGAUGGUGGAUUUGGCAACAUGGAUCCCUUUGCGUCGUUUUUCGGCGACUUCGGGUUCCAGUUUGAGGACGGUCACCAGCGAGGCCGUGAGACGCCGCGGGGCGCCGACGUGGUGGUCGAUCUCUGGGUCACCCUGGAGGAACUCUACACCGGCAACUUUGUCGAGGUGGUGCGAAACAAGCCUGUGUUCCGCCCGGCGUCCGGCUCGCGGCGCUGCAACUGCCGCCAGGAGAUGGUCACCCGCCAGCUAGGGCCGGGCCGGUUCGCCAUGACCCAGCAACAGGUCUGCGACGAAUGCCCCAAUGUCCGGCUGGAGACGGAGGAGCGCCAGCUGGAAGUGGAGGUGGAGCAGGGCAUGAAGGACGGCCAGGAGCAGCGUUUCGUAGCCGAGGGCGAGCCGCACGUGGACGGCGACCCGGGCGACCUCAUCUUCCGCAUCCAGUCGCGGCCGCACGCGCGGUUCGAGCGACGCGGGGACGACCUGUACACGAACGUGACCGUGUCGCUGACGGACGCGCUCACUGGCUUCGACGCCGAGAUCGUGCAUCUGGACGGCCACAAGGUGCGCGUGCAGCGUGAGAAGGUCACGUGGCCGGGCGCGCGCAUCCGCAAGAAGGGCGAGGGCAUGCCCAACUACGACAACAACAACCUGUUCGGCACCCUGUACAUCACUAUUGAUGUCGACUUUCCCAAGAAGGAGUUCAGUGACGAGGAGAAGGAGACUCUGCGAGAGGUGUUGCAGCAGGAGAGCAAAUUCAAGGUCUACAACGGCCUACAAGGCUACUGAUGCGGCGCCGAGCCUAGUCCAAUACCCCACCUGCGUCGCGGCGCGCGUGUGCGCGUGACGUGCCGAUCUGUGAUGGCGUGUCGGGGGCGAGCGCCGGCCGCCGCUCGCUCGGGGACCGUCCAGCGGAGGUGGGCGGCCGGUCGAGCGCGGCCGCGGGGUGCGCCGCCCCACUGACGCGCCGCCAACGGGUCCGGCGCCGGCCGAACGGCGGCCGGGCGUUAAAACUGUCCGCCGGCCCAGCAAGCAUGACAAGGGUUCUGUUCGAAAGACGGUUAGACGUGCGCUUGCGCGGGAGGGGCGAAUCGUUGUUUUCGGGCAUUGCGGUGACUGAGAUUGAAACGUUGCCUGGGAACUCAGGCUUCCAACCGCUCCGCUCGUGUCCGGGGACUGCAGGCUCCUGCUACUCAGUUGGGGCUGGGUUUGGAAUGUAUGUCGUUUAAAGGGCCUGUGUGGGGCAUCUGUCAUCAGCCAGUCUGUCCGUACGUGAUGUUUUGUUCGGUUCCCCUUGUUUUCCCGUUGUUAUGUGAUGCACGCUCAACUGCGUUACCUACAAACAAUACACCAGUCACCAUCUUUCGA